AUGUUCUUCCGCAAGCAUCUCGGAGCUGCUGCUGGUCUUGCCAUGCUGGCCCAAGCUGCUCCAGCGCCAGUUACUCGUCGAGCUGUCUCUUCAUCCUUGUUGGAUAAGUUGGAUCUCUUUGCCCAGUACAGUGCCGCGGCCUACUGUUCUUCCAACUUCAACUCGGAGACCACCACCCUGUCUUGCUCUGCAGGCAACUGCCCCCUGGUUCAAUCCGCAGACCCCACUGCCAUUGAUAAGUUUGAUGAAACCACGGAUUACGGCGACGCCACCGGUUUCGUCGCCAUCGACAAGACUAAUGAAGCCAUUGUUGUCUCUUUCCGCGGCAGCUCCGACCUCUCCAACUGGAUUGCCGACCUGGACAUUAGUCUCACCGACAGUUCCCUGUGCUCUGGAUGCAAAAUCCACAGCGGCUUCUGGAAGGCCUGGGAAACUGUUGCCACCACCAUUACCGCCAAGGUCGAGGCGGCUGUGUCCAGCUACUCCGGUUACACCCUGGUCUUUACUGGCCACAGCUACGGUGCUGCCCUAGCGGCCGUUGGGGCUACCGUCCUUCGCGAGGCGGGAUAUACUAUUGAUUUGUACAACUUCGGCCAGCCCCGUAUCGGUAACCUUGCUCUGGCCGACUUCAUCACCGACCAGGAUAUGGGUAACAACUACCGUACUACACACACCGACGAUGUCGUCCCCAAGAUGCCCCCAGAGCUUCUGGGAUACCACCACUUCAGCCCCGAGUACUAUAUUACCAGCGGCAACGGCGUGGCUGUGACCGCCUCCGAUAUCAGGGAGGUUACGGGGGUAGACUCGACUGCAGGAAAUGACGGCACGCUCCUUGAUAGCGUGACCGCUCACCGGUGGUACUUCGAGGCUAUUACCGAAUGUUCUUAA